CCGGCCGUGUUGCAUUGUCGUCUCCUAACCUUUUUUGUUUUCCAAACCGACGAAACAUUCGACAGGAACUCUUGGAUCCGAGCGGACAGGGCAGGGUUAAGUAAGUUGUGAUAGAGGGUGGAACGAAGUUCGGAUGUGCGUUGGGCCUGCCUAUGCCGUGCUCUGCUGCCGCAAAGCCCGCCGUGGCUCACUAUUUCCUUUCUUUCUUGUUCCGGCACCACAGUUUCUUGAAGGAAUGGCAGAUCAACUACCUAAAAAACCUACAGGCAGCGGACCUGGAACGAAGACGGGAUCGGUACGAAGACACGAACGAGAUGUUCCUAGCCUACGAGGUGAAGCGCACCACGGGGGUGACCGACGUUCUCUCGCAGCCCCUGCUGAUGGAGGACGAGCUGGAAGGGGCCUACAACAUGGACGGCCUGCGCUCACUCCCGGCGCAAGAACAGGCCGGGACGAGCCGAAACCCCGCGGGCGGCCGCGAUGACUCGGAGUGCUACGUCCGGGGGGACCUCCUGGGCUUUGUCGAGAUCACGCAGCGGCCCUACGGCCUGGGCCAAGCGACCGAGUCGUCGUCGGAGUCGUCUUCCGAUGUGGCCUCAGUGCUGGAGGGGUUUUCCUUCAACGAGCGACCCAUGCGGCCCAUCCUGACCAACCUGGCGGUGCUGAAAGCCGCGCGCAAGUACGGGAUCGGCUCCAAGUUGCUGGAGGCCUGCGAAGAACACGUUCGCAAGGGGUGGAACAUGAAUGAAAUCGUCCUCGAGGUGGAAGAUUACAACACAAAGGGACUCGAAUUUUAUCGCCAAAGGGGAUACGAGGUCUUGUUCUCCGACCCUGCUAGUCGGCGCUACGACAUCGAAGGGUUUUGGCUCAACAAGGUCCGGUGCCGAAGGGAAAUAAUGCGCAAGGUCUUCAGCAAAUUCGACAAGCGACCAGCCAGCCUUGUUGAAAGUGCUGAUAGUCUGAUACGCAGAAUUGUUGCCAGCUUCUAGAUAUCCUUGCAUCAAGCCAU